AGCUCCAAAUAAGCACAACUCAGUUUUGCUGCAUUAGGCCUCUUGUGGCCGUGGUAUUCUGGGAUCCGUUUCAGUAUAUUGGCCACACUGUGAAUGGACUUCAACGAUGGAUUAUUUCCAAGUUUGUACUUUUCUUUUUAUGCUGAUAUUAUCUAGAAGCAUCACAGCUGAGAAGCAAAAUCCAGAUUCAGGAUUAGAAAUCUAUAAGAAGCUGUUUGAAGUGAAGCGCAAAGACCAGAUGAACGCGCUGAAGAACCUCAUUGAACUUGAUGAUGUUAACCAGCAAUACAAGAUCAUAGACAUCAUGCUCAAGGGCCUAUUCAAAGUACUUGAAGACUCGCGGGCAAUACUUAUUGCAGCAGAUGUCCCGCCAGAUGGGCCAUUCCCUCAGGACGAGAAGCUGAAGGAUGCAUAUUCCCAUGUGGUAGAGAACACUGCUUUCUUCGGUGAUGUAGUCCUGCGCUUUCCCAAGAUAGUACACCAUUACUUUGACCGCAACUCCAACUGGAACAACCUGAUCCGCUGGGGAAUUGGCUUUUGCAACCAGACUGGUGUAUUUGAUCAAGGUUCCCACUCGCAAGUACUAGGACUGAUGGCUCAGGAACUGGGAAUUAGCGAGAAAUCUCCAGACUACCGGAAUCCCUUUAAAACAGACCAUUCUGAAUUUUUUCCCAGUGCAGAUACAUUCCAGAAGGCUCUCCGGGAGGAAGAGAAGCGAAGAAAAAAAGAGGAGAAACGGAAGGAGAUUCGCAAGGGGCCGCGUAUCUCCCGCUCACAGUCCGAGCUAUAAUGCAAGUGCUUACCUGCCUUUGCCGUUGUGACCCGUCCUGGCAGGAGCCAGAGCAGCCAGAAGAGGAACCUCCCAGCCCCUUUAUGACCUCAGGAAAAUGCCAAGAAAGCUGAUGAUUUUGUUUGUCAGGUUUUGGAAGUUUCUUCUCUUAGCUGUUUUGGCAACUACAGAAUUUAGCCCUGAGAAAUGCCCAGAUGGAGAUGGUGGUCUUUGAGCACAUACUUCUUUGGUGGAAGAACUUUUCCUAGUAACUGGAAUGUAUAGGUUUGUCAGAGACCAUUCUCAGUGUCUCUGUGUAUCUUUGUUCCUUGUGGCUUUGCCAGUCUGUAAUGCUGAGAAUGCUUUGGGGAGGGGUGUGGGGGGAAAGGAAUGUAUUUUUAUGGUACGUGCCAUUUCUGCAGUUCAUAACACAGAACGUUGUGUAUUAUUGUGCAGUUGGGACGGCAAUGUGACUUGUGUAGCUGCACCAGAUGUUUCUCUGGGUAGCAGAAUUGCCAGAGGGAGUUAAGAAUUCUGUUACAAAAUGCACAUUCCUUGGGAAUUCUUAUUUAGUGGUACUCUAUUAAACUCUCAUCCCUUUGAAUGUAAGGAAUGUAACAGAGAAACAUCAGAUAGGUGCUGUUUUUCCAGUGUCUGCCUGCAGAUUCCUCCUGUUUCUAUGAAGUCGCUUUCUUGUCAAAGCCUUCCUUGGCCAAUGACAUCUCCUCCCCACAAGACUAUUAAACUAUAAACCUGGAAAGGAAAAAAAAAAAGUUAAUUUAUCUUGAGAAAAUAGGCAUCUUGGUCUUGUUCAAAGGCAUAAAACCCUGCAAUUGUGUGAUUUUCGCCGGUGGGUCUGUAUGAGCUGGUUCUGCUGGUACUGAGUCUCGACACAGGUGCUAGUACUCACAAAUUUGUAAUAAACAGUAUUAUCAUUAAUACACAAUGGAAAACCAUUGUCAGAACUACGGAGAUAAUGAUUUCAUUCCUCUUCCUUAUGGCAAAGGGAAGCUUUUUGUCUCUGUAUGUGAGACACAAAGCAAACCAGAGAGCAUUGGCUAUUUUAAAUUACUAGGAGAUCUCUUCAGUUGCUGUAGUUCAGUGGUUAAAGAAUGGAGGCUGCUCUCUUUUGACUGCUUGCUUGUUGCUUUCUACUAGAUUCCCUUCUUUCUGUUUUUGGUAGCUUUGAUAAGAUGGUAUUGGCCAUUGUUUUGAGAUGCCUACAUGAAGAAAUACUAGUGUUCUAACACUGGGAGAAAGCGGAAAGCCUGACAGUGUGACUUCGGCUUUUUUUUCAGCUCUUCUCCAGUGCUAAAAAACUUUCCACAAUGGUAUCGUCAUCACGUGAUCAGUGAAAAAAUUGAUGGGAAUCUCUUUUACUAGUCUACUGCCUUAUUGCUCCACAGGAACAAGCUGCCUUUUCCCCCUUGAUCUUUUUGAGCAUUCCGUGGAGGCUUGUACCUGGAGCCAAUAUUGUUUUGUUUCAGGUUCCAGUUUUAUUGUUGGUUUUAUAAUACAGGUCAGCUGGCCUAGUCAGGGUUCAUGGUCAAUGUUCUCUUUUCAAACCAGAUUUUAGUCACUGGUGAAUCAAAUUAUGGCUUCACAUCCAGGCACAGAGUGGGCAUUCAGCACAGAACCACUAAAUGUGGUUUAGCACAAAAAGUAGCUUUUGUUCAGGACUGGAACUGAUUUACACCAGCAGCUCUUGCUCUCUCUGUCUCUGAAUAGCUAGAUGGAGUACUGUGCUUCACCUAGUGGUGAUGUCCCCUGGAUGUCAUGAGAAGCACUAGAACUUGGCAUGCUAAUUGCAUCAAUUAAGAAUGGAUUUUGGGGGGGUGUUUUUUUUUUACCCUUGACUACAUUAGACAGUUCUGCAAUGUAGCUUGUUCUUGCCAGUGAAGGAUUAUUUUGUAUGGGAGAGGAGGGUUUAUUUCCAAGGGACAUUGUAGUAUGAUUUGCUGCCUCCAGGCUGGUGUACAGUGCCAGGAAAGGGGAAGACACCUAUUUUCUAACCAG